AGGGUUGGUUUUUUACUGAUAUCCAGACUUCACUAACUUGUAGUUUUUAAAUGCUUUUUAAACAUGUUGUCUUUUGAAGAAUUAACUAUAAUGCGAAAUUUACCAGCUCUUGUAGCAGAUUUAGAAAGUAUGGAUAUUAUUGAUCACCUUACUGCUACUACACCUCCAUUAAUUACUCCUACUGAUUAUGAAUCAAUUAUAGCUACAUCACAGAGAGAGGGACGAAGAGCAGGUGUAAGAUGUUUAAUUGCUUGUUUGCUACGUCGAUCAGAAAUUCAAAAAGUAUUCAAAUCUUUUCUUAAUAUACUCAAAGAAGAUUAUAUCCAUUUGUUUGAUUUAUUAAAUAAAACAUACGAAAGCUUAAAAACUGUGAAUAACGAUGAACCUGAUUUUGGUGCAUUAAACAAAAAUUCGUUUUGUUCCAAUGUUGUUUUGGAGAUUGAAAAUCAAGUAAACAUAACUACUCCUUGUCAGUCGAUCACAAAAGACGUGGAUCAUUCGGAGAUGUUUUUGAAAGGGCUUGGAGCUUCUGAGAAUGAUACUAUCUUCAAUAUUAUUUCAAUUAUAUGCUCACAUCCAAUUGCUGUGAUGAAUUGGAAAAAUCUUUUAAAUGAAUUAAUAGGAUGUAAUACUAUCAAUGCUACUAGUACGAUUAUGAUUAAUAGUAACAAUAAUAAUAAUAAUUCACAUUUACAAAACACUGAUUCAUCAAAUAUAAAAGAUUUUGAAGAUUUCCUAUGGUGUGCAUCAAAUUGUCGUCGUGGUCUUUUUCAAUUUUUUUCAAUUAAUAUGAUUCGAAAUUUAGAAAGUCGUGGUUCUCCUCUCAAACGACCAUAUCUAAUGAAUGUUAAUAUGGAUAAAUUUAAUGCUCAACUAAUUCGUAAAUUGAUCAUAGAAAAAUUAAUUCCAGCUUUACAACAUCAUAAUCUUUGGAAUCUAGCCAAUCGAAUUCAAACACAAAUUGAAUACAAUGAUGAAGAGAAAUGUAAUUCUAUGAAAAGUUUAAAUUUAACUAGAUGUAGUCUUUUGUAUACAAAUGAAUUUUCUUCGAAAUUAUCAAAUUCUACUUGUCAUAAUAAUAAUAUUAUUAUCAAUGAUAGUAAUAUACUACUAGAUCAAAAUCAAUCUUUUCCAUCAUUUGAUCUAUUAAAAUCUUGUCCUCAAUUCAAUUAUGCGAAAUCUUUACUUUUCUCAUGUAUUGAACCAAUAUUUCAUCAUUCUCUUAUACUAUUGGAUUGGCCAUUUCUACUUCAUGAGUUAGAAGUUUGUUCAACUUGUAUUUUCUAUUUAAUUAGUUAUCAUUCCUGUUCUUUAUCAUGUUUAUCAACUAAAAAUAAUAAUAGUAAUAUUGAAUUGUCUGAUUGUAAUUCUUCUUGUGAAAAUAUUCAAAAUGAGAAAAUUAAAAAUUCUGCAUUGAUUAUACUUUUUAGUACAAUACUUUAUAAUACAUUAUAUCAAAAAUCGAUUACAGAUCAAACUAUGAGUCAAUCAAUUGUACAGAAUUUAAGUGAAAGUAUGCAAAAAUCAUGUGUAGCAUCUGUAAUUCAUACGAAAUUAUUACCAGCUCUACGUCGUCUUGAUUUAAAUGUAUUACAUGAUAAGAUUGAACAAUUGGCUUUUCAAAUGCUUCAUUGA